UUACGAGACAUGGCAGUAGUGCCUACAAGCGGGCCGACUUCUGUGGGGUUAACUCCAUCUUUAGGUUCCAGUUCCGAGAGUAUUAAUGUAGAAGACUUGAGCCCAGGUCAGUUGGGCUCCCAAGCUCAACUCUUGGCAGGGACAGCUGCCCCAAAUGUCAAAGUUCCAGCCAGACAGUCAUCUGUGGCGAGUAAAACAGCUGGUGUGACCCAGUCUCUGACCCCAGCCCAGUUACAGUUGCUACAGCAGGCUGCAGCUGCCCAGGCAGCCCAUGUGAAGGCUCAAGCCGAGGCUCAGGCUGCUAAAGCCCAGGCGCAGGCACAGGCUGUGGGAAAGGGACACAAAGGAGCAUCACCAAAAUUAGAUCUAGCCCAGAAAAUACAGCAGAAUAUUGCUAUCAACCAACAAGGUCAAGUGAAGGUCAUCCCACAAACUACAUCUAUUGCUUCACUGGUGAAAGGAGCUGUCCCUCCAAAUGUCACUAUUCAAACAAAGCCAGAGUUACAGGCCUUUCGGCAGACAUCUACUGGAAACACUGAUGAUAGUUCACCAGCAGUUCAGGUCAUCACUACAGCAAGUAAGAUGGUUACCAUGGCAGCAAGUCCAAGUGUUGGUAGCCCAGUAACAGUGAUCAGCUCAAUGCAAGCUGGUACAAACCCCCUUGUAGCUAGAUUGAUGCAGCAAAUGUCAGCUGGAGGUCAAAUGGUGUCAGUUAGCAGUCUGCUUGCUGCUCAGAGAUCACUUCAACAAGGGAACCAGCCCAGAGGGACGGCUGCCUUUAAAAUUCAAGGUGGAAACGUUUUGCAACAAGUAUCACCUGGCAAACCUGUCCAGUUACAAGGAAAACCAUUGGCUCAUGCUAAAGGUCAAAUCUUACAGCUUGCAGGUAAAGGUCAGCAAGCACUAGGAGUGAUACAGACACCACAGGGAACUAUUAAUAUUAUUCCUCAAGGAGCUGCCCAGGGAGGUGUGGUCACUAUAUCACAGUCUAAGCAACCUG